CAACGCUCGACUGUCCACAACUCACCGUCUCCCACCGCGACCGGUGCCGGAGCGCAGCAUCCCCCCCGCCACAAGCCUGGCCUUCAGUCACCACCAGCAGCGCAGGCCCCGCGACAGGUCACAGUCGGCGCCAUGGCAGACUCCGAUGGCGAGUUCGUCGCCGACGGCAUGUCGGACGACGACCUCGUGGAGCACAACGUCAGCGACGAUGACGUCGAGACCACGGGCCGCCCCUCGCGAGGGGGCAGCAAGCCCUCUCGAUUGCGGCGGCGGAAGGGCGACCGCGGCUCCCAGCGAGCCUGGGAGCAGUCGAAGCGCUCGUGGGAGACGAACCUGCCCGAGGAGGACCAGAACGGCGUGCUCAACCUGACGGCCCUCGAGGCCGAGAAGCGCAAGCGCCUGCUGCGCGACACGACGCCCCUGCAGCGGGGCAUCAUAAGACACGUGGUGCUCGUGCUGGACAUGUCCUUUGCCAUGGCGGAAAAGGACCUCCUGCCGACGCGCUAUCGGCUGACGCUGAGCUACGCCGCGGCGUUUGUCCGGGAGUUCUUCGAGCAGAACCCCAUAUCGCAGCUCGGCAUCGUGGGCAUGCGAGACGGCGUGGCGGUGAGGAUAAGCGACCUCGGGGGCAACCCUGCGGAGCACCUCGAGAAGCUCAAGGAGAUGGAGGGGCAGGAUCCCCAGGGGAACCCGAGCUUGCAGAAUGCGCUGGAGAUGUGUCGAGGCGCCUUGUUUCACGCGCCGUCGCAUGGCACACGAGAGGUGCUCAUCAUCUACGGCGCUUUGCUUUCGAGCGACCCGGGCGACAUCCACGAGACGAUCAGCAAUCUCAUCACCGACCGGAUACGCGUGUCCAUCGUCGGCCUGUCGGCGCAAGUGGCCAUCUGCGCCGACCUAUGCUCGCGGACCAAUGCCGGCGAUGACUCGCAGUACAACAUCGCCAUGGACGAGGUACAUUUCAGGGACCUGUUCCUCGCCGCCACGACACCGCCGGUCACGCGGACGCAGGAGCAGAGCACCGCCAGCCUGCUGAUGAUGGGGUUCCCGUCGCGGACGCUCGCCCCGGGCGGCAGCACGAGCUACUGCGCGUGCCACAACAAGCCCUGCCGGGAGGGCUACGCCUGCACGCGGUGCUCGACGAGGGUGUGCAGACUGCCGGCCGAGUGCCCGGCCUGCAACCUGACUCUCAUCCUGUCAACCCAUCUCGCGCGCUCGUACCACCACCUCUUCCCGCUGCGCAACUGGGUGGAGGUGUCCUGGGCGGACGCCACCCGAUCGACCGUGUGCUUUUCGUGCCAGUGCCCGUUCCCCGACGCCACUCGCGGGGCAUCCACACACUUACAGGCGAGCAAGAACAAGGAGGAUGUCGCCAAGACGACGGCCAAGGGCGUCAGCGAGAGCGGCCGCUACGCGUGCGAAGUGUGCGGGAACCACUUUUGCAUCGACUGCGAUGUCUUUGCGCACGAAGUCAUACACAACUGCCCCGGGUGUCAAAGCAACGUGCAGCGGGAUCACGAGGCGGCCGCCGGGGUGAACGGACGCGCCAACGGCGCCAUGGAGGUGGAUUCAUGAGAUGAGACGGAGGCAGAGCCCUCUGCGGCGCACUGGAUUCGGCCUGCGACCUUCGGGCUUUGUAUACAUUUUUUUCCUUUUUGCAUGGGGCAGCGGGCAGUACGUCAAUUAUGGCGAAGCGAACGGCAAAAAUCCCGUCGGGGGAUGGAUGGGAGGCGAACGAUGAACGGGGGUCACUGCCACGGCCGCGCGAAUUGGGCUGUGCUGAUGUGUUGCAGUGGAAAACGAAUUCUUUUAUCACGGCGGCGUAUACUGAGGGGAUCGUUGAAAAUUUUUCAUGAGCUGGUGGCCGAUGCAACGACGAGGUACCGUUGCGAGAGCCGGGAGCACUUUAUUUCACGCGAGCAGGCGGAGACGACAAUAUUUGGAAAACCCAUUCAUCAUCAAGUUUAUAGAGAGGGAGAAAACUCCGUUAGACGACGAUAAACAUGGAUUCUGUCAUGG